AUGGUGUUAAGCGAAGUAUCAACAGGCCAACGAACGAAGGACCGCCCGAAGCCACAACCCAAGCCAAGGAACCUACGUAAAGGCCCCGAUCCGAAUCGGAAACAGGAGGAUAAAGUUGACUAUGAGGAGAAACACAAACUUAUUGUGAAGAAGCUCUUGAGCCACCCGCCUGACGACCUCACAGAAGAUCAGAAAUCAGAGUUCCAGCGCGACAAGGAGUCAUUUCUGCAGAGACAGAAGGAGUACUUUCUGCGACGCGAUAAAUAUAAUGCUAAUCUGUUGCACCGACUAAUACUCGACCUGAAGUACGAGCAGGGCGGAGGCUUGAACUACACAUCGGACGAGGUUCUGUCCUUCAUCGAACAAUUAGUGAUCGACGACCCAAGGCUCCUUGUGGAACGGGGCCACGCCCAUGCCCCCCUUAGGGUCGCUGUUGACACGAAACUGGACAUAUUUUUCCAUGUGGUCAAUCUGUGGAUUCCACCUUGGAAAUUUCAGGAGUUGGAAACGAAAUGCAAGCAGAAGAACUCCGGAAAGAAUUCGCAGUGUCCCUUAAGGUUGAUUAACAAGAACCUACGCUUGAAAUUUGGCCUCCCGGCCGAUGAACAAAGGCAUACAGAAUCACGGAAUCCUACAAUGCCGAAGGAUCCGGACAGUGACAACCUCGAGAUCUGCCUCCAUCCACAAGUCAAUGUUGUGAAACUCAAGAAACAUAAUGACUUGAUCAGGGCCACACUGGUCGAGGGUAUGGUAUCUCAAGAUCAAUGGUCAUGUUUACCAGCCAUUCUGAUUGCAAAUAACUUCGACGACGAAUCAGCAGAGUACUCCAUACCACUGCCUGCCUUUCAAAGACUUCUUCAGCUUUGCACAAACGACUUUUUUCAACAACCUUGCCAGACAGGGCUCAAUCCGCUUCAGACCGCGAUUCUUUUGUAUGAGAGCUCCCAUCUCAACUACAAUCAUGUAUUUCGGGUAAUAGAGGAGCUAGUAGCACGAUUACCCGCUUCCAUAUACUUUAGCGCUCACCGUCCAACGACUAGUGCCCCGUCUUACGAGGGCAAGUCAGCAUAUCGCCUACUAGUAGAAUUGGGCACGAGAGUUAUAGAGGAAGAUGACCUGAGCCCUGAGGGUGGACUCAAUAAUGAUGCUAUCAUUAUUCCGAAGAACACGAGUCCCGAAUUGAAAGAUGUGGCGAAUGGGAGUGGAGGGAGCUCUCGAGAUUUUGAAGAAAAUAACGAUCCUGCGGGUAGUGAUAUUACUGGGCAUUUCAACUUUGACGGGCAUAGCGAUGUUGCGACUGUAUACACGGAAGACGCAGAAGCAGGUGAACGUGGCACCGAAAGCCUUGGGCAAUAUAUAAAGAAAACCGAGGAUCUGUUGAAGUCAGUUUGCAUUGGAGAUUCGGACAAAACCAUGGAAGAAAAGGUCGAGUUUCUCUACUGGGGUGAUGUGAAACGAGUGCUCAAUAUCAGUUUGAUCCUUCUGGGUACAUCUGGAAAGAUUGAUAAGAAGUAUAUUGAGAUGCUAAAGAGCAGAUCAGGGAUGGAAUUCGAGACCAUGCUAGCGUCCGUGCAGCUACCAUACUGGAAUCCGUCAUCUGCACAACUGCUUUCCACACAGCCUGUUGGCCAUGAGACUUCAAUCAGAGAAUCCAAUGCGAGAAAGGAAUCAGAUCCAUACGAGCACAUCUUCAACUGGCUAAGAGCAAAAAAGGUAGAGAAGAUUUUCUCAAUUGAUGUCGACGACACGGGACCAGAACCACACAGCAAUGCUUCAAUAAGAAGAUCCUUGUGUGGAACGGGUGAAGGUCCUGGUAGCCGAGGUUUCCAGGUAGAGGUUUUCAAGUGGAAAAAGUAUGACAUUUGCAGUCAAGCAGUGUACGAAGCCGCCCCUGAUGCUCGGGAGGUCUACCUAUAUUGUCGGGGGAAUACAGCGGUUCUUCGAAGCUGGGCUUACAACCCUGGGCUUCACAAAAUGAAGAAUUUGGAACGGCUUGUGAUUGAGAUAAACACCCAUGACGAGAACGAAGCAAACGACUGUGAAGAUUUCAAAGAGGAUAUGAAAAGAAUUCUAGCCGAGAACUGCAAACGUUUGGACCCCGAUCGCAUCGAGAUAAGUAUACCUAGAUUGACGUCAAUCCAUGGUCCAAUGGAUGGCUCUGCUCCUACUACUCAGCAAGACGGCAUCAGUAACAAGACUUCUCCCACAAAUGAGCUGAGCCCUGACGCUUGGAUCAAAGCACUGGCGCCUUUCAAAAAAUAUGCAGAAGACAUAGCCAAAGCUAUUACAAAAGAGCCUUUAGUCAAAAUUGCUAUUUUGGAUGAUGGGGCUUCUCUCGAACCGCUGAAGCCACAUUAUUUCUCACGUAGCGCGCUAAGUGUCUACCAACAGGCUCUCAAAUGGGCGCUGGACAUGGAUGUUGAUAUCAUAUCAAUGAGUUGGUCCUUCAAGUUGAAAGACAAGUUCGAGGAUAAGGCCGAAGCUGAUUUCAAAGAAAUUCUCGACAAGGCUGUAAGAAAAUGCGUUGUUUUUGCUUCUCUCCCUGACAAGGGAGCCAUGGCUGAAAUCUCGAAUUACAUGCCUGUGGGAAACGGCAAUGUUAUUCGUAUAGGGUCAGCAACUGUUUAUGGUGAAGACAUCAAACAGAACAAGUUCGCGCCCAAACAUUUCCUCUUACCUGGUGAAGAGAUCGAAGUUACGAAAGGAGAGUUCGACAAUGGCAGUUCCUACGCCACAGCCCACGCAGCAGGACUUGCAGGCCUUGUCCUCCACUUCUUACGCGGUCACGACGCCCUGGAAAACCAUUACCGACGCGAGAAGUCAAACUUAUCCAUAAAUCCAGCCAAAUUCGCAGAUGACCGCCUUAAAGAAGCCAAAACUACGGCAGGAAUGAGGAAAAUCUUCAAAGUUCUCAGCGGUUCGCACGCCGAUACCCCUAUUCCCGAUGAGGGAUUCUUUGUGCGGCCAUUCACACUUCUGAAGGAAAAAGACAUGGGGGGCAGCGCCGGCGAUCAGAUCAGCUUUUGUCGAGAUAUUGUCCCCAAACUUCUACCAAUGAGUUGA